AUGAACUAUGGGACGAAUAAUGAGCGCUCGCCCCGAGGAACCGAUAUGCUGACUAGUGUGUUUCCAAGCGGCUCCGAAUCUGAGCAAGGCGUCAGCAGCCUUGACAAGACGUCCAUGUACUCUAAGCCUCUUAACAGCGGGGCUUGGGGGCUUCUCUCCUUAGCCGCUGCGCCAAUCGGCUUGCACAACGGCGCGCAAUUCGCGACCGUCAGUUGCGUCUUCGUCGGCUACUCUGCCUCCGCAGCUAGCUCCUGCGGAUACUGUGGAUACUUGCCCAUGUAG